ACGAUUUCGCUGCUGGCAAAUGAUUUGGAGUGCGGUGAAAAUGAAAGCGGGUGGAAUCGAGUAGUGGGAGAGGGAGAGGUGUCUCCUGAUUAAUCUCUCCCACCUUACUUCUUAGAGGUUCUGCGCGAGUUGAUUCCCGAAGGCCUCGCCUUUUCCUCGCAAGACAGCUCGUCGUGGCGCCUGCAGCCUAUCACUAUGAAGCGGGAGCAUCCAGAGGGCCUCCUCGGCGGAGGAGAUUGGUACGGCGCGCCGGUGGAGGCGGCAAAGCAGGGAAAGGGGAAGGCGAUGAUGGGAGUGGAGGCAGGGGCGGAGGAUGAGGACGUCGACGAGCUGCUGGCGGCGCUGGGGUACAAGGUCCGGUCGUCGGACAUGGCGGACGUCGCGCAAAAGCUGGAGCAGGCGGAGAUGGCCAUGGGAAGCGGCGUCGCGGCCAGCGACGACGCUUUCCUUUCCCAUCUCGCAGCUGACACCGUUCACUACAACCCCUCGGAUAUUUCGACUUGGGUGGAUAACAUCCUCUCCGAGCUCAACGCACCUCCUCCCCCUCUACCGUCGCUGCCGCUGCGUUUUGAUGCCCCAUCUCCUGUCGAUCGGCAGAAUCGAUUUCUGGAUCUUCCACCUUCUGUGUCUAAGCAAUCCACCAGCGCCACCGAGCUUCCCCUUGUUACGCGGCGCACCCCGGCGGAAGUCUACGAGCUCAAGCCGGUCCCUGCUCUACCCGCCGCGCGUGCUCCGGUACGAUUGGCCUAUGGUUCCGAUUUCCAGUUGGAUGUCGCGCCGUCUCCGAGGGAUUCGAAGAGGAUCAAGUUCUGCAGCUCGCCUCCUUCGUCGUCGUCUUCGACCACGGAUGCGGCGACCUCGGCCGCGCCCCCGCUGCCGGUGGUGGUAGUCGACACGCAGGAGGUCGGGAUCCGCCUCGUCCACGCUUUGUUAGCCUGCGCGGAGGCGGUGCAACAGGAAAACCUCAAGGCGUCGGACACCCUCGUAAAGCAGAUCUCGGUGCUGGCCGCCUCCCAGGGCGGCGCCAUGCGCAAGGUCGCCGGUUAUUUCGCUGAAGCAGUCGCCCGCCGCAUAUACCGUCCACUUCCUCGGGGAGUCGUGGGCUGCUCCUCUUUCGAUUCCGUCUCCUUCGACGACAUGCUGCAUAUGCAUUUCUACGAGAGCUGCCCCUAUCUUAAGUUCGCGCACUUCACCGCCAACCAAGCAAUCCUCGAGGCCUUCGCCGGCUGCCGCCGAGUACAUGUUGUUGACUUCGGGAUGCGGCAGGGGCUUCAGUGGCCCGCCCUUCUCCAGGCCCUUGCCCUCCGUCCCGGCGGACCGCCUUCAUUCCGCCUCACCGGCAUCGGCCCGCCGCAGCCGGACAACUCGGACGCCCUUCAAGAGGUGGGAUGGAAGCUGGCGCAGCUGGCUGAAACCAUCUGCGUGGACUUCCACUACCGCGGCUUCGUGGCCUCCAGCCUCGCGGAUCUGGAGCCUUACAUGUUGCUCGGGCAAGACACCGACGACCGCGGCGGAGCGGACAACGAUGAGCCAGAGGCAGUAGCCGUGAACUCGGUGCUCGAACUACACCAACUGCUGGCGCGGCCGGGGGUGCUGGAGAAGGUGCUGAGAACUGUCCACAAGGUGCGCCCCCGCAUCGUGACGGUGGUCGAGCAGGAAGCGAACCACAACAGAGGGACGUUCCAGGAACGUUUCACCGAGGCCCUGCACUACUACUCGACUAUGUUCGAUUCCCUGGAGGGCGGACCGGGGGUGGCAGCGGCGGACAGCGCCGGCGGGCGGGACCGAGCGAUGUCGGAGGUCUACCUCGGGCGGCAGAUCUGCAACGUGGUGGCCUGCGAGGGAGCAGAGCGAACGGAGAGGCACGAGACGUUGGACCAGUGGCGGGGAAGGAUGACCGGCGCCGGCUUCGAGUCCGUCCCCAUCGGCUCCAACGCCUUUAAGCAGGCGAGCAUGCUGCUCGCCCUCUUCGCCGGAGGAGACGGUUACAGGGUAGAAGAAAAGGAGGGCUGCCUCACCCUUGGCUGGCACACCCGCCCGCUGAUCGCCGCCUCCGCCUGGCGGGUCGCCGCCGAUCCCCUCUCCGCCCGCGGAACAUGAAGCAGCCGUGCGAUCUCCCUCAGCCGUUGGAUUUCCAUCGCUCGACCCCACGUUCUCUCCAGCAAUAAUUACUGCGAAAAAGAAAAGAUUGAGAUUAGUGGGAUCAACCUGAUCGAUCACACGUAGGUGUCAGGAAUGAGACGGUGGGGACAGCCAGGGAACACACUGGGCCCACGCUCCACUGCCAGUUGGGCUGAUCCUGUGAACAGAAGGAAUGCUGCAGCUGAAGCCUGAAAUCCACAAAAAAAAUCACACUCGCUCACUCACUGGAUGAAGAAUACACAUAAAGUGUGCGAAAUUUCUAGAAAAGAAAAAGAAAAGAUAAUGAUAGAGGAAUCACAGGAGAGCUAUCUCUUCACCAAUCGAAAUAUCAAGGCAAAUAUGCCCACACAAGUGGACCAGUGUCUGGAGCUCAACCUGCACUCUAUGAUCUUAUCGCAAUCUGUACGUUAAUUAUUGUGCAAUGACAACUCAAGCUUAUACUUAAACAGGAACAAUGAAGUCUACGCCCAUCUCAUGAGUUGGAGUGGGACAGCAGCAGUUGGUGCCCCGUAUUCAAGGAAUGACCUGAGCUUCAAAGCAAUAUCACCAUCUCUUCAGUAGAGCUGCAAUCAUCUACAGGAUUUGUCUAUUCAAAUUUAACAAAAUAUUUGUUGUUAGAUCAUUCAAAUAAUAUAGAAUCUGCAAUCUACAAUCUGUAGGAUCUA